CAUAUCCGGCAGACUAUCGCUUCCGGAUGCGGUGGAGCAGCUAAGACGAAGGAAAGCGCCGCUCCUACAAGGAUUAAUUAAAAUGACAAGACGCUGUCGGUGCAGUUAGCAUUGCUCGCAUUAAAUUCGCGAAGACAGACUCAACCAUUUCGGGCUGUUUGUUGCUUUUAGUCUUCCUUCGACCAAUUGAGUUGUUUUGCGGAGUGUUUAUUAUCCUCGAGCUGCUAGCUUAAGCUCCGGCUAGCUGGUGCGCAGACAAACGGCUUCUGUCUGAGAUGAUAAUCGCACUCGCUGCCGUUUAACCUGAUAUAGCACGCCCUCUUUUCCGUGUUCAGGUGUGUGCAGCUGUCUGCCUGCUUCGGCUGUAUUUUUGGAAGCGUUUAGGUCGUUUUUUGUUGGACGAGGUGAGAACGCAACAAAGGGUUUCUACACACAGGGUUUUGGCCAUCCUGGCAUACAGUCCGGUCGUUUAAAAGACAAAAACAAAGCGACUAUAACAACUCGUCUGUAAAACUUUACAAAAUGCCUGGAAUCUGGACUUCCGUCUCUUCCAGGAAAAGCUUGCCGAUAGUUGGUAAAUAACACUUCCCUGUCAGCUGCUAGGCUCCACUACUUUGUCCUUGUUCCGCUGACAGGGCGCUCGACACUACAUUCCGCGUUGGAUCUGAAGAGGAAGGCGACAACCUUUAUUUGUUUUAUCCCCGUUUGGCUAAGCAAAGUUUAUUUUUUCCACACGCAAAGAUCUUCAGCUCAACAGUGAAGGAUGAAUGGCCUCUCUCUCAGAGAGCUCUGCUGCCUGUUCUGCUGCCCACCAUGCCCGAGCCGCAUCGCAGCCAAGCUGGCCUUCCUGCCUCCGGAGCCCACGUACGCCUUUCUGCCGGACCCUGAAACGGGCCCGCCCACUCCGGGCGCAACCGGGACGUCGAGCCUGCGGUCAAGGAGUGGAGCCUCGGUUUCUGGAAGCGGGGGAGCUGGUGGCGUGGAGGGGAGGUGGAAGCUUCACCUGACAGAGCGGGCCGAGUAUCAGUACUCCCAGCGAGAGCUCGACACCAUCGAGGUCUUCCUCACUCGCUCCAGCAGGGGCAACAAAGUCGGCUGCAUGUAUGUGCGCUGCUCACCGAACGCCAGAUUUACCGUGCUUUUCUCACAUGGCAACGCGGUCGACCUUGGCCAGAUGAGCAGCUUCUACCUCGGCCUCGGCACUCGUAUCAACUGCAACAUCUUCUCCUACGACUACUCCGGUUAUGGAGUCAGUACGGGAAAGCCCACCGAGAAGAACCUGUACGCCGACAUAGACGCCGCCUGGCACGCUCUGCGUACACGAUAUUGCAUAGUCCCAGAGAACAUCAUCCUGUACGGCCAGAGCAUCGGCACCGUUCCCACCGUGGACUUGGCGUCGCGGUACGAGUGCGCUGCCGUGGUUCUUCACUCACCGUUAACGUCGGGGAUGAGAGUUGCCUUCCCUGAAACGAAGAAGACCUACUGCUUUGACGCUUUCCCCAACAUUGAAAAGGUGUCUAAAAUCACUUCUCCGGUUCUCAUCAUCCACGGCACGGAGGAUGAGGUGAUCGACUUUUCCCACGGCUUGGCCCUGUACGAGCGCUGCCCUAAGGCCGUUGAGCCCCUGUGGGUGGAGGGAGCGGGACACAAUGACAUUGAGCUGUACAGCCAGUAUCUGGACCGCCUGCGACAUUUCAUUGGACAGGAAUUGGCCGUUCAACACGCCUGACCUCCACAACCACAUCAUCAUGUCGUUAGAUUCCUCCUCUGGCACGUAAAGAGCCGCCUCUCUGUGUGUCCUCUUAACUUUCCACCACGGCCCGCAUAGUGUCCCACACACUGUUACUGCGGGCCUUAAAACGGACCACGGACCCACGAGGCUCAAAGGAAAUCCUUUAAAAUCAGAAAUGUUUAAGUGCGGAAGACGACGUUUAGACUGUUUCAUUUAGCAGAAACCUAAAUAGUACUGAUCAUGUUUUAACAGGGCAGUUAAUGCAUCUCUAUCCUGUGCAAUACCAUGGACCCAGUCCACAGAAGAAUGACUUGAUGGUGUUUUAAAGAAGAAACUGCUAAGAAACCACGCCGGUUUUCUUGUCCACUGAUACCGCGUGUGUGUGUGAGUGCGUGUGUGUAAAACUUUAAUCUGUUAACUAAAGUUGGCAGAGUAACGUCGAAGCAUGAGAAACACUUUUGUUGAAAAAGUCUUCAUGCUGUAAAACAGGGAUUUUUGUUUUGUUUGUUUUACAGAGAUUUCAAAGGAGAUUCCAUAUCUGAUUUUACUUCAAUUCUAACGCCUCUAGAAUCAAGGGAAAAACCAUAGACAAGAUAAUAGUGAUAAUAAAUACAGUUUCAGGUUAGAUUUGAUUUCCUGUGGUCUUUGGAGUGGCAUUGGACUGCGUUGCGUUGGAGGACCGUUUUGUCUUACUUACGCGUGUACUGUGGUCCGUAUUUCUAGGGGGAAAGGGAAAUCUGUACGGAAAUAAGUUUAUAUUCCGAGUCUUUGAUUUAGUUUCCACUGCACUCAAUGUUCUGCUCAGGUAACCCUGUUUUUGACAUUGGAUGUCGGCGUAUUCUUCGUUUAGUGUGCUCUGAGCUGGAUUCGUGUCAUCUCUAAUUGUAAACCAAGUAAUAAACCAAAGUUUGAUCUAAAAACUACGGUACUGAUCACAGCAAAGGUUGGUGAGAGUUGGACCUCCAUGUCUUCCUCUCAGCAACACGCGCGGAUCCCGGUAGGGGGAGCGGGAUUGACUAGAUUUGGAGAGAAGAACGGCUUUCAGUACCCGUCUCGUUUCUUCGUUUAGUGAAAUGUUCGAGAGUCUGUUGGCUCUUUUUGUUUCGUCUGUCCUGCUUAUCUCUCACGCCACCUCACAGCUGCACAUUUUUCUGCAACACCAAGGUUGCCACUAACACUAAACAGGCAUUGGUCGUCUACGCCAAGCCUGUAAAUGUUGUUUUUUCUAUAUAUAUAGUAAUACUGUUGGUUUUAACUCAAACCUGAGGCUCAUUUCUGCCAUCAUAUAGUGAAUAAAACUUCCAUUGUGAAGAAAUAAGUUAUCUAGGUGCAGUUCAGUUAAUUUCUAUUAGUGACUGAGCUUCAUUCCCAGCAUGUUCGGUGAAAUACAGAGGCAUACCAGUGAAGUAACGUGGUUCGCUGGCUGUUUUGGGGCUAAUUUUCGUUAUUCUGUCAUUUUUAACCACUAUCAUUUAGUAAAACAUCAAGAUGAAAGUAGAAUUGUCCCCAUUUCCUUCAGUGCAUUUAUUAACCCGUAAAGUCUCUGUGCACCUCCAUAGAAGAGCUGCGUCAUCACAAAUCUUGAUCUGUAUUUUUUAUUUUCUUGCAACACUUAUUUUUGUUUGUUUUUGCAGAUCAUUUUAAUUUUUUUCUACCAUCACAAAGAUUUUAUACAAUUUUUUUUUUUUAAUGUGGCUGAUCUGUCCAUUCAGGUUAACUAAAAAGGAAAAUAAAUGUUCCUCGACCACUAUAUAUAUAUAUAUUUUUUCCCCUAUGCCGUCUGCUUGAUGAGACGGCAAACUAGAAAAUCUUCCAUCUGCAAUGAAAGUUAUUCUGUUUAAUGCUACGGAUACAGCAUCUUUGACACUUAUGGGUCCAUUUUGAGCUCUGAAGAGAUGGACUGCAACAGUUUUCAAGGUUUCUCGUCAUUGUUUUUAAUCGGCGUCAACCAAAGCUGAUGUUUUCUGUCGUCACAUGCUUCAGGGGAAACUAAAUGUUUUUUUGUUUUUUUUUCUUUCCCCCCCUGUCUCAUAUUUACGCCUCUCUGUCUUCUAAGCUGAUUUUGAGUCUGUGUCUGAGUUAUGUCGAUUAACAAACUGUGUGCGCUGAUGGAAACACCAUGACACAGGAACUUGUAGAUCCAGCGGCUCCUAAUGAGCUGCAGGCCUCAUGUUAACACACUCCUGUUGUAUACCAUACUGUCAAUUUUUCCAGUUUUUAAAGGUUUUGUUUUACUCCAAGAGUUGAAGAGAAAGUCAAUAAAACAUACCCAGAAAUGUA